AUGGAAAAGAGGCCCAAUAUGAUGGGCAAGUGUCGUGAUAAACUUUUAAAUUUUAACUUUACGGAAUUUUCUCAUGACAGAGCAACGGACACAAGUAGAAUCGCUUUGUAUGAAGUGCGGCGAAAAUGUACUUUGAUGGCCGUGGGCCUCACCCAGCUUCUUCCCUGCAAUAUUCCGCAUUUUAAGCAGGUGAUAAUCGCCUCAUUUGAGUGCACGCAUUGCGGAGAAACAAACAAUGAAAUCCUAUCAGCACGUGCCAUUGGUGAUUACGGAAUCGAGUGGACCCUAAAGGUAUCCACAACCAAGGAUCUUUCAAGGCAAGUCGUUCGAACCGAGUAUGCAUCCAUCUCGAUUCCAGAGCUGGAACUUGAGGUCCCAUCUUCGGCCUUUUCAAAUGCAAAGGGAUUGCUUACAACCGUUGAGGGCCUUUUGGGUCGAUUCAUUGAUGAUCUUUCUUUGAAUCAAGAGGAGAGGAAGAAUGGGUCCGAUCCAGAAGCCGCCAUUGCCAUAGAAAAUAUCAUCGCCGAAUUAGAGAAAAUGAAGUGUGGAGAGCGCUGCUUUUCUCUGGUGUUGGAUGAUCCUGCUGGGAAUUCCUAUAUCGAAUUUCUUUCCGCAUCGACCAUUUUUGACGAUGGUGCCUUUACCCUGGACACUCCAGAAGCAUUGGAUCCAUCUCUAUUGAUACGAAGAUAUGUCAGAAGUUCUGAGCAGAAUGUUUUUCUUGGAUUCAAUCCUGAGCCUUCACUUGCCGAUGAAUCUACGACAAAUUCACACGAAAGCGCGGAAAAUGACGAUCCGCCCUCAGAAAUAGAUUCUGUCUUUGAAUUCAUGGGAACAUGUCCCUCUUGCCUGGCGUAUUGUCCGACACGCAUGCACCCAAUUGAUAUCCCCUACUUUAAGGAGGUCAUAAUUAUGGCCACAACAUGUCCCGUUUGCAACUUCAAAUCUUCAGAAAUAAAGACCGGAGGUGCCAUCUCCCCGCUUGGCCGUCGUAUCACCUUUAGCCUGCAAUGUCCAGAAGACCUUUCCAGGGAUAUUCUUAAAUCGGAGACAUGUUCUAUAUUUAUUCCAGAGAUAGAUUUAGAGCUUGCACCGGGCACGCUGGGAGGAAGGUUCACCACCAUUGAAGGUCUUCUCGUGCAAAUCAAAGAGGAGAUGGAGGAGCGAAUCCCAUUUGCCUUGGGCGACUCUGCCACUCCCAAGCAGACCGUUCGAUUUCAAUCUCUUGUACAGGCACUCUCUGCCGUCCUCAAUGAAACCAAGCCAGUAACAAUUGUCAUUGACGAUCCACUUGCAAACUCGUAUCUUCAAAGCUUUUUUGCGCCAGAUCCAGACCCGCAGAUCCAGGUGGAGGAUUACGAGCGGACAGAGGAGCAGCAGGACUCCCUGGGACUGACCCACCUUUCGGUCUAA